CGUCGAUCCUUGCUGCACUGACCACUUCGACACUGCAACCCGGACACUUGAGCGGUCAUGGAUUUCUCGUCGCUGGUAGACCUGUCGCAGCCGACGCUGUGGGCAUCUGUAUUCUCGAUCGUAUUCAACCCGACGGCAUGGAACAUCGUUGCCCGGAACGAGUACAGGAACAAGACCAUCACGCGGAUAUUCGGUGGGAACGCGCGGUACGGGUGCUACUUCCUCGCGCUGUCCAUCUUCUCCGCGGGCAUGCUCCGUGACUCGCUCUUUCACCGUGCACUCGAGCACCAGCCCAAGCACCCAAUCCUCCCUGAGCCCCUCGACACGAUCGUCCCCAUUGCGCUCUUCGCACUCGGCCAGACGUUCGUGGUCACCUCGACGUGGGCACUCGGAGUGACGGGCACGUUCCUCGGCGACUACUUCGGCAUCCUCAUGGACCACCGCGUCGAGGGCUUCCCGUUCAAUGUCCUCCGUGACCCGAUGUACGUUGGGAGCACGCUGUCCUUCACCGCGGUGUCCCUCUGGUACGAAAGUCCUGCGGGUCUCAUAUUGACGGCGUAUGUCUACGUCGUCUACAUCAUUGCACUGCGCUUCGAAGGACCCUUCACCGACAUGAUCUACUCCAAGCGAGCCGCCGCGCAGAAGGACAAGGCAGAGUCCAAGAAGGAGCUCUAAGUCUGCCCAUCCACGAAGAUGACCAGAACGUCCUCCCCAAGCAGAGACACUACAGACGAUGACCGCGACGCUUGGACACGUCCUAGACACGAAACGCGAUGAAAGCGGAGGUUUCAACAAUCUCUAGCCACCCCCU